AGUGACGCAAGAUCCACGUUAAAGAAAGGCCACUUAAAAUCAUCUUAGCAUUUAUCCUUUCCACUCGACUAAGUUCUUAGACGCUUGCAAGAAUCAGUGAUUCACUUGUUAUAAUAUUACUUCAACGGGAAAACCUCAUUUUUCCGGUUCAAAAAAAAAACAACAGUUCAGUUAAUAAGAGUGGUGGUAAAAUCAUGGUGGUUGUUUAAAAAGCAGUAUUUAUUACAAUCUUAUUAUAGUUCUUCACACGUAGUUCAUGUUUGAACAUUCUAACGGAAACCAUUAAGCUAUUCAACUUCACUUUAACGAGAUAACGUCAAGAAAAAUGUAUCGUAAAACUUUAAUUCUUCUUUUCUGCCUUUGUUUGAUGAUGAUCGUAACAUCAGGACAACUUUCCAGUAAAGCUGGAUUUUGUCCAUUAAAAAGUACCAUCGACAAAUGUAUGCCUCGAUGUGUCAGCGAUUAUCAAUGCUCAGGUAAUCAAAAAUGUUGUCCUAACAAAUGUGGUUCUACGUCAUGUGUAUCCUCGAGUGCUGUUAAUACUGGUAAUGGUUACAAAGGCUCAUCAAAUACUGGUGCCGUUAUAUGUGCUGGUGUAAAAUGCAGAAAUCAAGAAAAAUGUCAAUUCGAUCGUAAUACUAAACGAGAAAAGUGUGUUCGAGGAUAAAAAAAACAAAAACAAACAAUUUCUAUAAAUAUUAUUUCUUAUUUUUAAACAUAUUUUUUAUUCAACUAUUAUGAUAAAUUACUUAAUCUACUGUGUUGCUCGAAUAUUUUUCGUAAUUAUAAAAAAAAAAAAGAUUGAUAUAAUUCCAAAUCAAAAAAUAUAUCAACUUUAAAUUAAAGUUUUAAGAAUUUUUAAAAAUAUUAUAAUAUUUACUUCGAUAUAAAAUAAGUUACAAUUGAUAAUUGCUACGAAAAAUCUUAUAGCCCAGUGAACACACCAAUGUAACCGAGACGUUACAUUUACAGAACUAAAAACUUUAGGUUACGUAAAACCGUAAAUAACAUACGUGUCACAUGUGACUCACAUGUGUUUAUCACCAUUUGUAUAUAUCACCAUUUGUAUCACAAGAAUGUAAAAUUUACAUUACAUUUGUUAUGUUAAAUGUUCUCUAGGUGUGAUAUCACUGUUACGUUGGUGUGUUCACUAGGGCGGUUAUCAAUGAAAGAUUACACAUGUAAUAUUUAUAAAAAAAAACAACUUUAAAUUAAAAAGUGAAAUUGUUUUGUUAUGUCGUCUCUUAAUUUGACAAUCACACGAAACUAUAAAAUUUGAACGUGACAUUAUUAAUUUAAGGGGACACGUCACCUUCGAGU